AUGGCUUCGCACGCUUCCAACUUCGACACCCUCCAGCUGCACGCUGGUCAGGAGAUCGACCCUGCCACCAACGCUCUGGCGGUGCCCAUCUACGCCAACUCGUCGUUCGCCUUCAAUGACUCGGCUCACGGUGCUGACCUUUUCGGUCUGCGCAAGUUUGGUAACAUCUACUCGCGUCUCAUGAACCCCACCAACGAUGUUUUCGAGAAGCGCAUGGCUGCCCUCGAGGGCGGUGCCGCUGCUCUGGCCACCUCGUCCGGCCAGGCUGCCCAGGGAAUGGUCGUCAUGGGCCUCUGCGGUUCCGGUGACAACAUCGUCUCCUCGUCGUACCUCUACGGUGGUACUUACAACGCUUGGGCCAACCUGUUCCCCCGCCUCGGCAUCACCACCAAGUUUGUCAAGUCCGAGAGCCCCGAGGCCUACGCUGCUGCCAUUGACGCCAAGACCAAGGCCAUCUACAUCGAGUCGAUUGCCAACCCCAAGUACAUCGUGCACGACAUUGCUGCCAUCGCCAAGGUGGCCCACGACAACGGCAUCCCUCUCAUUGUCGACAACACGUUCGGUGCCGGUGGAUACCUUGUCCGCCCCAUCGAGCACGGUGCCGACGUGGUGGUGCACUCUGCCACCAAGUGGAUCGGCGGUCACGGUACCACCAUCGGCGGUGUCAUUGUCGACAGCGGCAAGUUUGACUGGAGCAAGAGCGGCAAGUUCCCUCAGUUCACCGAGCCCUCGGCAGGCUACCACGGUCUUAAGUUCUGGGACACCUUUGGUCCCAUCACUUUCGCCAUCUACCUUCGAGUUGUGAUCCUGCGUGAUCUCGGACCGUGCCAGAACCCCUUCGGCUCAUUCCUGCUGCUGCAAGGUCUCGAGACGCUUUCGCUCCGCGUGGGUCGCAUUGUGGAGAACGCCCUUGCGCUGGCUCAGUGGCUCGAAGCGCACCCGCAGGUCUCGUGGGUCUCGUACCCUGGUCUGCAGAGCCACCCCUCGCACGCUGUGGCCAAGAAGUACCUUCCCCGCGGUUUCGGUGGUGUGCUCUCGUUCGGCAUCAAGGGCGACGCGGCUACCGGCUCGGCUUUCGUUGACAGCCUCAAGCUGGCUACUAACCUGGCCAACGUCGGUGACGCCAAGACGCUCAUCAUCCACCCUGCCAGCACCACCCACCAGCAGCUGUCGGACGAGGACCAGAUCAGCUCCGGUGUUACUAAGGACCUUAUCCGUGUCAGCGUCGGUUACGAGUUCAUCGAGGACAUCAAGGCUGACUUUGCCCAGGCUUUCGAGAAGACGUCGGGUGUUAAGGGUGCGAUCCCCGGCGGUGAGACUGGUCCCGCUCCUGGUCUCUCGGGAUCUGUGUAA